AUGCCUACCUUACAGUCAUCCAGAGGCGAUCGCCGCCACGACGUCGCCCACGAUGAUUCAGUCGAGAUCCGAAAUGUGACGUCAAGCGAUGCCGGCCCGGCGGGGAGCGGCCCUGUCGAGAUCACUGCCGUGCAAAAGAUGCUCUCUGCCACCACGGGUAGUUUCCUGACCGGAUUUCUCAUGACACCUCUAGAUGUUGUGCGCGUCCGAUGGCAAGCGCAAGGGGUCAGGCAAACGGCUACCGACUUCCAGAAGCUGCCUGCCGAUUUACAGAAGAUCGCCGCCUCGGCGCCCUCCUUUCGACCGGCCAAUCUUGGGGUCACUGAAUGCUGCCGAGAGGUCUUUUUUAUGAACAAUACUGCCGAGGUUUGCAUCGCUGGCACGAGAUUGGGGGGGAUCCACGCCCCAGUCGGAGGGAUUGACUGCGCGGUUGAACAAACGCAGCAGAGGACAUACAGCUCAACGCUGGACGGGCUCAGAAAGAUUGCUCGGAAUGAGGGCGUCACCACGCUCUGGAGAGGGCUCUCUCCCACCCUCCUCAUGGCCAUUCCUGGCAACAUCAUCUACUUCACCGGCUACGAAUGGCUUCGUUUCAACCAUCUGAGCCCGAUCGCGAAGACUUGCAACGACCUGUAUGCCCCGCUCGUGGCAGGCUCUGUGGCCAGAGUCCUUGCUGCUGCUGCGGUCAGCCCGAUCGAGCUUUUCCGGACGAGACUCCAGGCGUCGCACGGCUCUUCUGCGGCAGGCCAUGUCGCUGACACCCUCCACAGCAUUCGAGAGAUGGUUGGACUGAACGGUUACCGAUCGCUAUGGCGAGGCUUGAAUCUGACCCUGUGGAGAGAUGUGCCCUUUUCGGGCAUGUACUGGUGGGGCUACGAGACGAUCCGCGGAAAGCUGACGGAUGCGCGCGAGAGACAUCACGGCGCCCAUCUAGAUAUGGGGAGCGGCCGAGGGCGGGCGAGACGCAUGUCACAGAGCCGCGAGAACCACACCGAUACGUUUGUGGACAGCUUCACCGCGGGCGCCAUGUCGGGCGCCAUUGCGGCCGUCGCUACUACGCCCUUUGAUGUGGGCAAGACGCGAACCCAGGUGUUCCGUGAUUCUGCCCAGAAGGCCGCCGUCAGUGGCGAAGCGAAGGCGGCACCGGCCAAGGUUCCCGAAGAACAGAGGAUGGCCCGGCUGCUCUGGCAUAUCUUCCGGACGGAGGGCAUGCAAGGACUGUUCAGGGGCUGGAUCCCGCGCACCCUCAAGGUUGCGCCCUCUUGCGCCAUCAUGAUCAGCACCUACGAGCUGGGCAAGAGGCUCUUCCGGGACGUGAACGAGAAGGCAGCGCAGAAGCAUGCCGAGCGUGACGAACACCGAGACUGA